AUGAGUGUCAAUCAAGCAACCGUGGCCCAAGCGGUCACUGUUAGUCUCAAAGAUCUUGAGAAUGGGACCGUCUCUUUCGAUACCCUCACAGAGGCUUUCGGACCAGCAUCCCUGGGCAUUAUCGUCGUGAAAGACUUGCCAGAGCACUUUGCCGAACUGCGUGCUAAGGUUCUUUCAAAUGCAUCUUAUCUAGCAGCUCUUCCGGAAAAAGAACUAGAAUCCCUCGAAAGUCCCGAGUCAAAAUAUCUCGUAGGCUGGUCCUGUGGGAAAGAAACUCUCAAAUCAGGUCACUUCGAUACUCUAAAGGGCUCAUACUAUGUCAACUGCGCCUUCUACCAGGAUCCAACACUAGCCAGCGCACCAGCAGAGGGAUUCCCCGAUCUACCCCAAUACACAGCGCCAAAUAUCUGGCCAGACGCCGGAAAACUUCCAACUUUCAGAUCAAGCGCCGAGGAUCUCUGCUCGCUAAUCAUUCAAACUGCAACACUUGUAGCGCGCGCCUGUGAUAAAUACGCCGAGGCAAAUAUCGACGACUAUAAGCCUGGUUAUCUGCAACGAGUCGUUGAAACAAGUCUCACGACAAAGGCUCGCUUACUUCAUUAUUUCCCUGCUACCGAACAGGCCGAGAAACAGAAUAAUGAUGAUGAUGAUGAUGAUGAUGAUGAUGAUGACUGGUGCGCUACACAUAUAGAUCAUGGUUGCUUGACUGGUCUUACAUCUGCGAUGUUCCUUGAUGAAGCAGCAUCGCCGCCAAUACUUGAUUCUAUCUCUACCUCUGACUCUGACUCUCUUCCCAUUUUGCCUGAAUUAGAGAAGUCUCCUGAUCCUGCGGCUGGGCUGUAUAUUCGUUCGAGAACAGGUGAUAUUGUUAAGGUGAAUAUUCCGAGGGCUUGUCUUGCUUUUCAGACUGGGGAGGCGUUGCAGUUGAUUACGAGGGGUAAAUUCCGGGCUGUGCCGCAUUUUGUUAAGGGGGCUAAGACUGUGGAGGGAAGGAUUGCGAGGAAUACGUUGGCUGUUUUUACGCAGCCGAAUUUGGGAGAGGAGGUUCAGGCUGGUUUGACUUUUGCGGAGUUUGCGAGGGGGGUUGUGCAGAAGAAUUAUUAG